GGGGCCGCGCGGGGCGGCGCGCAGGGCACAGCAGCGGUUCGGGCCGUGUCCGCCGCGGUCAGGCCCGACCCGUCUUGACCCGUCCGAGUCCCGCCAGGUACGGCCGAGGGGAUUUUAGGGGUACGGUGGUGAGUCGGGAUCUCGAGCUGCGAGGGAGCGGCGUGGGGCCGUGGCUGAACCGCCCGCGGGGUCAGCCCGGGGGGGCCUCGCCGGGAGCGCUGCGUUGCGGGGCGCGGCUCCCCGAGCUGCGGCGCUGGGAGCGGGACGGGACGGGACGAGCCGGGCUCUGGGCGCGGCGGGAUCGGGCCCCGCUUGGGCACAGUGCGCAUUUCCUGUAGCGAGGGGCGGCCGGAGCAGCGCGGGCCGGGGGGCUGCCUGUGGCUGCCUGUGGCUGCGGGGCCUGGGCUGCCCAUGGAGUGCCCGGCGGUGCGGGAGGGAUGGGCAGAAAAGGGCUUUGCCGAGCACCCGAAGCGGUGACGCGGUGCAGAGCUGUCGGAGUUGGGCCUCUGAGUUGGCUUCUUCCUUACGUGCAGCUGUCAGUGUAACGUGCUGCUUAGUAACUGAUGGGUUUGGCUAAGUCGGUUCUCAGCAAGUAACACCGUCUGCUUUUCGAUGGGGUGUAAGUGCAGUCGGUCUGUCUGACAUCGGCACUUAGCCGGGAGUCCCAGUGAGCUCAGAAGCGCGCAUUCCUCCACUGCGCUGAGCGCUCGUGGCACGAACCUGCGGCUCUGCUGCUUUACCGACUGAUUUCCGUGUGCUUGUUGAGGAAGGGCAGCGAAGACGUGCUGUUAGCAGAGGCCUGUGCCCUGCCUCCGAGUACUGACUUGCAGGUGACACGGCUUGGAUGUCUGUCCUUGUAUCUGGGGAAUGUUUUCAAGCCUUGCAGUGAGCGUGGCUUCGUUCUCAGAGCCAAUGGGGUUAUGGAAAUACUUAGAAAUUACAGGGAGCUUUGCAGUAUGAAUCUGUGUGCAAGAAAAUUAUAUAUAUGUAUUCUUCUGGUGUGCUUUGAAAUUAAAAACUGCUCUUUAAUGCCUGGGAUGUGGAAUUCCAUUUGAUCUUUCUCGUGAAAUGGUGAAGGUGAAAUGUAGGCAAACAGCAGCGUACCAUUUUUCAGCUCGCUGGGGCUGCAGCAGUGUGCUGCUCCCUGUGCGUGUCGGGGUGCAGCUCAGCAGUGCGCUGCUCACUGCAGGGGUCUCACAGAAUAAACUCCGUAUUCAUUCUACUUCAAAUGCUGUAAUCCCCGUAUCCUCAUCAGGGAGCGAAUAUGAUGGGUCUUUGUAUUGGAUAUAUGGAUGUGGCCACACAAAUGCUUAUCUCCUGUUUGUGUUCUUCGGAGAAUUCAAAGGAAAAUCUUGGAGUGUAUGUGUAACUGUAAACCACAGCAAACAAUGGCAGUUCAGCGGUCUUCUCAACCAUGCUAUCCUUGUAUCAUACGUGUACCCAAACCAAGCCAGCUCUGUGUUGGUGAGAACUGAGAACCAGCUCUCCUUCCAGGAAAAGGAUGAGAACACCCAUGUUAAGCUUCUGGUGCAUGCAGUAACACACCUCAGCUAAGUAUUUACAUGGGUUUAACCUGCGGGUCUGCAUUGAGGUCCUUUAAUUAGCUGUAGCAGAGGAGAAGUGAUUGCAGUGACGUGGUGCCUUGCAGUACUUCUGUCCUGUUUGUAGUGCUCUGACUUGCUUAGAAGUGUAACAGCAGUGAAGUCCAGGGUUUGCAUGAAGAGAGCAGAAGCACAUGGCAGUCCUGCAGCCGGGUAUUCUCUGUGUAGAAGUUUCUGACAUAUAUCUGCCAGUCUUCUACUUCCGUUUCUGUACAUUACGUGGAGAGUAACAGCAAACAAAUCUGCUGUUCUGAGAAACUAUGAGUUGGCUGUGGGGAGUGCUGGCACCAGUCAGAAAGUAAUUGCUUCUCUCCUACAUGACUAGUAAAGACUUGCAUUAUUAGUGUUAUACUUCAAGUUUAACAUUUACAUGUUUCAUUUGCAGCUGAUUUAAAAAGACUUGGGCGCAGUAAAAAAGAAAAGCCACUGCUACCACAGCAGCCAUAGGAAAACAAUCCUGAACUCUCCUUUAGCUUGUAUGAACAGAGCUUUGUUCUGGCUUUGUAAGCUCUGUAUUACGAUAUAGAAUCAUUCUUUAGCCAUCCUGGAGGUCUGCACUCCUCUAACUUUCUUGAAACUGAAAAUUACCUUUCCUUCUGGAUUUCUUGUUUUGUUCUAAUUGACAGGUGACAGUGCUUUUGUUCCUGAGACUGAGUCAGAACAUCUGAAACAACCUGUUAAUCUACUUCUCGUGUAGGACACAGAAGUGAAGUAGCCUGAACUCAUGCUUUUUUGAUGUAGGACUUGGAGCUCGCCCUUUAAAUUGUUUGCAAUUACACUGCACAGUAUUUAAUGGAUGAUGAUUUCUGCAUCUACCUUGAUGAGGAGAUGCUGAUGUGGGAAGCAUGUUCUAAAGAGCCAACACAGCCAAGAUUUUUCAACUGGAUGGGAUUUGUAUGUUAGCAGAAUGGUUUAUUAUCUUCUGCUGCUGGGGAUUCCCUGUUGCUGGUGAUGGGUGAGCCUGAAAAAGCACAGCUCGACUUGCACAUCUCAGGCUGCUCUUCAGCCUGCUGUCCAGAAGACAAGAGGUUCUGGCUGAUCAGGAGUAACUAUUAACAGUUCAAGUUGGCUGGAGAAUGGAAGGUGUUGAGUUUAAGGAAGAAUGGCAAGAUGAAGAUUUUCCAAGGCCCCUGCCAGAGGAUGAUCCUGUUGACUCAGAUAUAUUGGCUGCAGCUGGAACAGAAGGUGAAAUAGCAGUUAAUGGAACCAAAGUGAGGAAGAAACUUACGGCUCCAGAUAUUAGCUUAACUUUAGAUCGCAGCGAGGAGUCUGUUUUGUCUGACUUGGAUGAGAGCGGAGACAUUGAUUUGGAUGACAUAGAUACUCCUUCAGAGAAUAGCAAUGAGUUUGAAUGGGAAGAUGAUCUUCCAAAGCCAAAAACUACUGAUGUAAUUAGAAAAGGAUCACUUACUGAAUAUACAGCAGCAGAGGAGAAAGAGGAUGGUCGACGCUGGCGUAUGUUUAGGAUUGGCGAACAGGACCAUAGGGUGGACAUGAAGGCAAUCGAACCGUAUAAAAAAGUUAUCAGUCAUGGUGGUUAUUAUGGUGAUGGGUUAAAUGCCAUUGUUGUGUUUGCUGUUUGUUUUAUGCCUGAAAGCAGCCAGCCUAACUACAGAUACCUAAUGGACAAUCUAUUUAAGUAUGUAAUUGGCACUUUAGAGCUACUAGUAGCUGAGAAUUAUAUGAUAGUGUACCUAAAUGGUGCGACAACACGGAGAAAAAUGCCAAGCAUAGGCUGGCUUAGGAAGUGUUACCAGCAAAUUGACAGAAGGUUAAGGAAAAAUCUGAAGUCAUUAAUCAUAGUUCAUCCUUCUUGGUUCAUCAGAACGCUUCUGGCCAUCACAAAACCUUUUAUUAGCUCAAAAUUCAGCCAGAAAAUUAGGUAUGUCUUUACCCUGGCAGAACUAGCUGAACUCAUCCCCAUGGAAUAUGUUGGCAUCCCAGAAUGCAUAAAACAGUAUGAAGAAGAAAAGUUUAGAAAGAAACAAACAAGAGUUGACCAAGAGCUGAAUGGAAAACAAGAGCAGAAAAGUGAACAGUAAGUUGGGAGUCCAAACAAGACUGAAGAAUAUACAGAUGGAUUUAUGCUAUUUUCUCCAUUUAUGAUGCGUUCAUGUGUGUAUAUAUUACAUAACUUGUUGCAAGAGGUGCUUAACUGUAGACUGGCACACAAUGGACUCUUCACUGCUGUAUUGGUUUGUCUUGAUUUGAGUAGCUACCUUUGUGUAAUCUUUUUAUACAGCCAAAUGUCAAAGAACCCCAUGUUUAGAGGAUGUUCUUACAAUUGUUUAUCUAAAUGAUGCAUGUUCUUCAGUAAAAUAUUUAUAUAUCUAAAUGCUAAAGGAAAGAUAAUAUAUAUUUUUAUGACUUCAAGCAAUAUGUUGUGUACCUGCUGAAGGAAUUCAUUUGCAGGUAGGCAAGGCCAUAAACUACUUGUUAUUGUAUAAAGUGCAUGAUCUGUUUUUGCUGUAAAUGGUCAAGUGCAUUUCUUGGUUGUCAUAGAAACCUUAAUUUGUUUGAAUAUUAACAAUCACAUAAUGCAGUCUACUAUAUGUAUGGAGAUGCUUAUUUCUGUUCACAUCUAAUACAAGCAGUACUCAUUUACCUCACUAGUGAGCUUGAGCUUUGUCUUCUAGUCCACCUCUCAGAACACAGAUCUGGAGUUCUCUCAAUUUCUGUCUGUUGGCCAAAGGGUUUAAGCCUAAGCUACAGUGGAAACUAAACUGUGUAAAUGACGGAUAUCAGACCUGUAUAAAUUUAAGCUGCAAAUUUCAGAUUCUGCUUCAGUAAAUGGAGGCUAGUGCAGCUACCAGGAUGAAAUGAGUUUGUUCUAGUUUUUUGGGUUUUGUUUUUUUUAUAAAUAUAAGUUAUCAGCAAUAGAAAUUCUGGGUAUUUUCAGUAGAGCUUGACAGUGGCAUAGGUAUCUUAGCCAUAAUAUCAUUUGUUUGCAGAGAUUGGGGUAGUCUUACUAUAACUGUGUCAUCCUUGUAGAUGCAGCAUCCAUUUCUAAAACUCUUGGCUUGGCACUUGAUAGCAGUGUUAACUUAACCAAAAAACAAUAUAAAAGGUUUCCUUCUCACCCCAUAACGGUAGUAAAGUUGCCUAUACAAAAAGUGUUCUUGGAUUCCAGGGCAACAAUUAGGCACUGAUUGAUAGCCUGCAAAAGUUUGUGAAGUGUCUUGAGCAUUGCUGUUUCCCUGUAAGGACAGAUGCACACAAAUGAAUCCAUCCAGAAGCUGAGCAAUUUAAUGUUUUAGCAAAUAUUCGAUGUUCAGAUUUUUUUUAUAUGCUCACAAUUUUAUCUUUAAAAUGUCAGAUCCAUUUAGUGUUCUACAGUUCUCUUGAACUUAGGAAAUGCAUUCAACUAGAUUAAUACCUGGCAUGGAUUGGUAGCAGCCUAGCUUGGUUCAUGGUCAACGUUUAUUAAUGACCACUUCAUGUAGAAUCUCUAAUAAAUACUUAAUAGUUGGGGAACAGAUAUCCAUGUCAGAUAAGGGAUGAACUGCCUAUGUCUCUGGGAGUUUGUCUGCAAUUCAGAGACUUUCAUCUCAAGAUCCAGGUACUUACACUAGUGUCUGUAUCGUAGUUUCAAAGAGGUUAGUAUGUAGGAUGUUCUCUUUCAGGAGGUAAUACUGAUUUCAAGUUGCCUUUGAUCUAUUACAUCAUGUUUGGAUCUUGCUUUGAAAGCAGAACACAAAUGUGAGCACUUCAUUUUAAGGCUUUUUUCCUAUUUCAAUUUUGAUGUUGACCUGGAUUAAAGUUAGUUAAGUGGACAUUAUGACAACUUGUUUAAUGCUUCCCUAAUGCAAUGCAUAUGAACAUGCAAACCUGGAAACCGUCCUGAUCUUUACUGGUUCUGUGUGGGUCCUAGGAUAGAUGCUAAGCAUUCCAAUCCAAUCAUCUUGUUUCAAAUUCUUCCUAGUUCAAAAAAGUAUUCUUCUCAGUAAACUCGCGUUUAUAAUGGAACGAUUGGACUUCUGUGAGUAUCUGUCCUGUUCCUUCCUAUGUACAUAGUGUCCUUUAGAAUAGACAGUCCUCUGUAUAGGGUGAAUUCUCAAAUGAGAUUGUUGGUUUUGUUUUUUUUCCAGUGGCUGAGUGGUUCUGCAGUUUCAUGUUGCAGUAGUACUAUUUCUUUUGGAAAUAGUUACCUAAAAGUUUAUUUCCUUAGUAUUAGUUCUUGUGAAUGAAUACACUGUAAAACAGUUCUUCUGUCCUGAAGACAUACACAGCGUGAGAAUCUUGUGUACUAAAGAAUGAUUCUCCUCUGACCUUUUCCAGCUCAUCAUUUAAUGAUGAGGGGGAUGUUUACAAAAAGCAGAGGUCCCAAAGUUAUCUUGAACUCAAAUUAACUUGUCAACCUUAUAUUUUUAAAUAUAUAGAAUAAUUUAAUAUAUUUUAAUAUUUAAAAACAAUAGAGUUAGAAUUUCAUACUUUAAUAAAGUUAUUUCUGAAUUGCUUUGUGAAAAGUAACAGUAUUACAGGGGGUUCACCUUAUGCACUUCUUCCUAGAGGUAGAAUUUGUGUUGCUAGACUAUGAUUUGAGCUCUGUCUAUAGAAGUUGGAGUGCUCAUUGGCCUUCAGUUUGGAGGUUUCAUGAGUUUACGUGUAUGUGUAUAUAUGUGCUAAUGGGUAACUUGUUAUUACUGUGUGACACUGAAAUGGAGUUGUUUGAGAUGGUGAUCUCUGUAUGUGUGGAUGUGAGGUUUUAUAAAACGAGUUAUACAAUGGGAGAAACAUUCAGAAGUGACAAAGGUAUUUUGGAGAAAGUGUCAUUAAAAACUGAUGUGGAUAGACUCUGGAUUGUAUAAAUACUCUUGAUGGGUUUAUGUAGUAUGGCAAAGCUGUGUUCUACUGGAAAGUAACAGAGAGGGAUGCAGAGAAAUUUAGUGCUGAAUCAUACAGAAAUCUUUUGAAGUUUUGGAAUUUUAAAAUGCACAUUCUCAGUUCAAUUUAGAAUUUUCAGUUCCAUAAAGUUUAGAACUAUUUAGAGUAAUAUGUAACCUUCUUUGUAACUUUACGUAGCUUAGGAUAUUUCUUCUUCCUUUCCAGAGAACAAGUGAAGAAGAAUACGUACUUGCUGUUAGGAACUGUGCAUUGAAAGCAGUAGCUAUAUUCCAAAUUGCACACAACUAGUCUAUAGCCGGGUUAACAUGUUUUGGCAAGUUUAUUGCUCCACACACUUUAAUGCUCUAAUGGCACAUUAGGACGUUUCAACAGUAAGUUUGUGUCGGACUUCAAAGUUAGAUGAAAUGUUGGUGGUAAUGGGAUCUUACGAAAUGACCUCACUGUCAAAAGGAGAAGAGGGCAUCAGUGCCUAAUUACAGCCUCACCAAUGUCAUAUACUGGAAAGCCUAGUAACUGUGGGGAAAAGAAUAACUGAACUAAAUCAUGGAUAGAUGGUUUUAAACUACAUCUGUCACAAGCCGUAAGAUUCUUAGUGAAAGGUGUAUUUCAGUGUCAGACUUUUUUAUUUGUGUAUCUUGCAGAUUUAUAUUGUAUUUAUUAUAUAGAAAGAUGGCUUAAGUGCAUCUCUUACACAAGCUGUUGUCUCUGAAGGUGACGCUAAUUCUCAAGUCAUUCCAGUCUCCCUCAGAAGCCUCAUGUGAGAAAGGAGGGGGAAGGGAUAAUAGCUUGCGUGCUUUCUGUUACCACAGAAGUCUUAGAAGGAUUUUGGUGAAAAUACGUAUUCAGUCCUUGUGGAUGCAGGUCAUUCUCGAGAGGAUUUUUUUCAUUCUGGUUGUUAAGUGUGCUUUAAUGAUGCUUUUCAAUGAUACCUGAUUUUAGUCAGAGUAGCACUUUGACAUAUAAGGAAUAUUUAAAUAUAUUUUGAAAGACAUUUUGCAACUUUCCUAACAUCAGAAUUGUAAGUUGAACUACGCUUUCUCCUGUCACCUCCUGUUUUCUACAUUGAGCUAACAGGAAAGAGGGCAGUUCUCUGUGUUUUCAUCAUUCCAUUCAAGCAUGACUGAGAUGAAUUAAAAAGCUUUAAUUUUGCUAAACUAUUUCAGAUCACUUUUGUUUUGCAAUUCAGAUAGCCCAGAUUAUUUGUUUAAACCUUUUUUUUUUCUUUUACAUUAAAUGAUCUGACAGAGAGCAACGGGCUUCUUCAGUUUAAAAAAAAAAGGGGGGGGGAAAUCUGUACCUUAGCACAGUCCUUGCUCUGGCUGACUCAGGGCUGCCUAUUACUUGUGACGUGGAGUUCUGAGUUAACAGUUAACAUUUGUUCACGGAAGAUAAAUGCUUGAUUUCCCAGUGGCUCUGUAGUUCUGCAUUGCUUCUGACUUGGCAUCUGAACGAGGCCUGUGUAGAAGAAUGAAAAGAGCCCUUCAGAGGGCUGAAACAUUGUCUAUGAACACCAUUAUUGGUCUGUAUAAUGUGGCAAACCUGCGUUUUUUAACUAAAUGGAGCUGUAGCAGUCAUGCCAAAUCAUGAUAUAACCACCUUAAAUAAGUGACUAUUAGUAGUCAUUGCAGAUAUGAUUGUAUUUUCCUUUGUCCCCUUUGUAUAAAGCUGUGUCAGUACAAGGCUCUUCACCUACCUCUUGUGUCAUUAUUCCUUCUUCUUAAGAUCUUUUCUGUUUGCUUUCCGAGAUGUCAUGCAGUAAUGUGAUAAACGUGUCUGAACGUGCCAGCUGUGAGCACUUAUUGGAAACUCUCUAAUUAGGAAAAAGUAAAUGCUAAAUGCAAUAAAUAUUUUUGAAAGAGG